GCAGGGGUAGCACCAGCACUGGAGACUGACGACGAAUUGCAAUACGUGGCACAGCACUCCGGACGAGGGAUGGAGAUGGAAGGGGAGCUACAACGUGGAGCACUUCGACUACAGGAUAAGCUCUUUCAUAAUGAAGACGAAGUCUCGCUUACAGAAGAUUCUGAAGGUGAGCAAGAUGACGUUCGCGAUGUGCUCCGCUAUUAUACAAAUAUCUGCGCUAUAGGUGAGAUCUGGGAAUAUGAAAGAGAGCCGAGUUGUGCUGUUGCUGUGAGUGAAUGCGAUGAGUAUGAGGGGGGGGGAGAAGAAAGGUGGGUUAACCUGAUGGCACUGUCUAACCAGGCUGAGGAUGAGAGUGCAGUUGGAGAUGGAGAGAGGGAAUAUGCCGCUGAUGAUGCAGGUGAGUGGGAGGUUGGGGAUGAGAGUGCAGAUGGCAAUGGAGAAGGGGAAUAUGCCACCGAUGACGCAGCUGAGUGGGAAGGGGAGUGGGGGCUAUUGGUAAUGGUGGAAGUGGCGGCAGCGGCAGCGGCAACGGCAACAGUAACAACAACAACUUCAACAACAACAAUAAUGGAGGUGGAGCAGGGGUUGGAAGAAGAGAGGCAAGGAAUGGGCGGGAUUGGCGGGACGGGCGGGAUGGUCAACAACAACAAUGACAAUAAUAUCAACGACAAUAAUAACAAUAGUAACUUCAACAACGGCGGCGAACGGCGAAUGGGCAAGCUGGGUGGGAUAGGCGGAAUCAUUCAUAUUAAUGCCAUGCAGCUGAAGCAAUCUCUCCUACCUUCUCCCCUCCAAUGCUUGACGAAUAUCUCAUCCCUUCUCCCCAAGUUGGCCGCUGAACGGUACCAGUCUGUGCUCGAGAGAAAGGAUGAGUUUGAGCAUCGGUACGAUGAUGUUGUUGCGCACUAUGGUCUAAUGGAGGAGUACAAUAUCAAAGUGCCCCCUCUUGAAUAUGCAGCCUAUCAGACGCUGACUCCAGACUUCAACGCUCUCAAAUCUACAAUAGAGGUGGCAGAAGCCAGCAAGGACGACAAUAUCAAGAUGUUUGCGGCCGACCUGGAGAGGAGUGUGGAGUAUCUGAACAAGGAGGUGAUCGAAAUCCGGCAGCGCGCGCAGAAUGAGAUUAUAUUUGAUGAAGGUCGGUUUGCCAACUGCUUGGAAUUUUAUUAAGCGGUGUUCUUAGUGUACCCUUUGCUGCUGCUUCUGGAGAGGCAAGAGUUUUCACUUCUGCAGAGCAGAUUAGCAUGGCCCCUGCGC